CAAUAUAUACAGAAAACUAUGUACGUUUAACUUUAUUCAAGAGAAAAGUAUCCAGUAACAACGUUUAACUUUACUUAAAUUUGAAUAAGUAAAUAAUGUAUCAGAGUAAUCCUCGAUUUAGACAUUGGUCUCCACAGUUUAGACCACGGGGACAGUUUUUACGACGUAAUUAUACAACAAAUCACUUUAGAUAUUCAGGACCACAAGAACAAAAUAAUUAUGAAUUCUGGUGUGAAACUUGUGACAAAGGAUUUCAGUCUCUACACAUUUUAGAAAAUCAUAAAAAACAACAUCAAAAAUGUAACAUAGAUGGAUGUCAAUUCGUGGCUCACCCUAAAAUUAUAACAAAGCACAUCCAAAUGCAACACUCCACAGGAUUAUAUAAAAAAAUAGCAAAGUUAAAUAAUCCCGAGGAAAUUCGAAAAUGGAGAGAGGAAAGAAAACUAAAGUAUCCAACAAAGAAAAACAUAGAAAAGAAAGCAGCGGAAUUAAAAGAAAAAAUAGAAAGAGGUGAAAAAAUGGGAAUGAAUUAUCAAAAGCACAAUAGACAUGGGAAACCAGAACUACAUUCAAGAAAACAACACAACCAUACCAUGUCAAAAGGGAGGGAAAAAAUCCAAAGCAGACAUAAAAAUUACAAAUUUAAAAACGAAAAUCCCAUAUGUGACAAGAAACCACCAGCACCAAAAAAGGUUUGUAGGACAAUACCACAACCAGAUAAUACACAAAGACUUAAUCCUUUUGCUGGAAUACAACAGAUUAUUAUAGAAGACAAUCAUGAUGAAGAAAUUGAGGAAUCACUUCAAAACUCCUUGAUUGAAGAUGAUGAUAUUUUUACUGAAGUGGGGACAAAUAAUCUAAAUGAUAAAUCGCAAGUGUGUGGAGCUUUGUCAAGUCUUAUGAAUGAAUACGGAUCUUCAGAUGAAGAUGUUAGCAAUGCUGUAAGUAAUUCCAUCAAUGGUAACGUAAAGCAUCAGGCUGAAUUGGCCAAAACAGAAAUAAAAAAAGAUACAAUAGAGAAGAAAGUACCUAUACCUGUAAAUAAUAAAAGUGAUGAUGACAGUGGACCUGAGGAAACAGUUAUUACUAAAUCUGCGACUGAUCACAAUGUUGACGAAAGUAGUAGCAAUAAUUUGAAACCAAAAUUAGAGAAUAGGUUCAGAAGUCCACUGAAUAUAAAACAUUACAAAAAACCAAAAUAUCAGCUGCCUUCCACUUUGCUUGUUAAACUGUUAAGUAGAGAAAUUGAACAGGAACGCAACAUAAUACUUCAAUGUGUCAGACAUAUUGUAAAAAAUAACUAUUUUGAUACUACCUCUACCAAAGACUAAAUUGUAUUGCAAUUGUAAAUAUAAUAUUGUAGUGUACUAACAUUUGUAUUGUAUGUAUAAAUUUAGAUCUGGCUAAAAUCAAAGCACUGAAACUUAAUUGUAUCUUAUUUUAUCAGUUGAACCCCUUAACUGCUUGUAUAGAACUAGCGGUUGUUAGUAUAGUGUAACCAAGAAUAUAAAAUCCUAUCCUGAAUGCCCUACAAUCAGCUUCUUUAUUGAAUUACUUUCUGUAGGUAUGCAAAAAGAUUAGUCCCAAAAAACAUUUUCAUCCAUUUUCUUAAUACUAAGACAAUAAUU